AUGGCAUCUCCAGCUGCAGCGCAGCAAGCAGCAGCAGCAGCAGCAACUGCUGCUGCUGCUGCAGUUAAGGAGGCUUCUCGCAGCUUACGGUGGCAGCAAGCGCUAGCAGCAGCAGCAGCAAAAGGCUACCGCAGUGCAACACUACCCCAGGGACAAGCAACAGUGGUGCCCCGCACCACCACCACCACCAGCAGCAGCAGCAGCAGCAGCACUGACAGCAGCAGCAGCAGCAGCAGCAGCACGGACAGCAGCAGCAGCAGCAGCAGCAGCAGCAGCAGCAGCAGCAGCAUGAAUAAAGUUUUGUUUGAGGGUAGAUACACAAACUUCUCUUUAGGGCAUAUAUGGGAGAAGUAUGAUUUUAUGCAAACGCAUUUGCUGCUGCAGGAGGCGUUGCUGCUGCAGCAGGGGCAGCAGCCGGAGCUGCUGCAGCCAGAGCAUGAGCUGCAGCACAGACCAAUGAUGCGGCAGCAACAGCAGCAGCAGCAGCAGCAGCACCAGCAGCAGCAGCAGCAGCAGCAGCAGCACAAACUACAAAGAUCUCAGCAGCAGCUGGUGCGGCAGGAGCCACAGCAGCAGCAGCAGCAGCAGCAGCAGCACAAAACCCAAAGCUCUCAGCAGCAGCUGGUGCGGCAGAAGCUGCUGCUGCUGCAGCAGCAGCAGCAGCAGCAGCAGCAGCAGUUCUCUGUCUAA